ACAAUACUUAUUUUGAUUUCAUCAGUUCCACCAAACGCAUGCUUGGAGAAGUUUCGAUGGGACGACUGCGGGCGACCGGCGACCGCCGUGGUCUUCUACUGGAAGCCUGCUUCCAGAUGCGAGGUAGGGCUCUGGAGGGGGUGUCUCCCAAACAACAACAUGUUCAAGAAUGAGUACGACUGUGUCGCCACCUGCAUCUUCAGGAGGGAAUUCAACGAACAGAAUGAGAUUGAUGCAUAUGUUGGGAAUACGAGCAACGCCACUGAAAAUGGUUUAAAUUCAACCACUGCCAUCCCCGGGUUAAAUAUAACGACUGCUGUAGCUUCAGGUGGAAAUAUAUCGAAUAAUACAACCGCUCCCACCCCCGGGUUUAAUAUUACGACUACUGAAGCUCCAGGUGGAAAUAUAUCGAAUGAUACAACCACUACCAACCCCGGGUCAAAUAUAACGACUACUGAAGCUCCAGGUGGAAAUAUAUCGAAUGAUACAACCACUGCCAUCCCCGGGGCAAAUAUAACGACUACUCCAGAUGGAAAUAUAUCGGAUAAUAUAACCACUACCACCACUGCAGAGCCUUAGGGAAUGAACAGCUACUAUUAUCGUUCUAAAGUAUAAUAAAAUAAAUAUAACUAAAAUGACAGUCAUGUCAAUUUUGGGUUUUGGCUGGGCUGGCAUUAUCUAUUAAAAAACUUAAGUAAGUAGUUUGUUUUACUAAUCCCUACCCUAUCACCACAUUUACAAACAUUUUCUAUGGUAACAACUUAAAACAAUCAAAUUGUAUCUACAAAGUGUUAAUUAGAAGAUAGCCAUUAUCAAAUUUAACCGUGCGAACUUUAUAAACAACGUUAUGUUAUGACAAGGACAAUGGUGUUAAAUUAAACAGAGCAUAUGGUAGGAGACAAUCAAUGGAUCGUCCUGUCGCAUAAUAAGCAGUCGGGGCGUAAUGUUGGUUCAGGAGACUGGUUUGUUCGCGUUGAUUAUGGUGACUGCUGUGGCCACCAAGAUCAGCCUUCUCCGAAGUGAUCCUCAACAGGAACCAGACCACAUGAACACCACACUGAAAGACAAUGAAGCGAUCAUCGGGAAAUUCAUGGAGACUUUAUUAGCGAGUGGAAGAUACCUGAAGAUGGUGGAAAGCGUAGACCGCAAGUUGAAUCACCUGGAUAUGAAUUUCCACGAGCACAGCAACACUAUCCUGAAAUACUUGAACGAGCUGCUGCAGUUUUCCAAGAACUCGAAUGCAGUUGGUCUGGAGAAGUCCCUGAUGAUGAUGAGGCAAGAUCUGGACAAGCUGAAAGUCAGCGUCGCCCGCGGGCCUUAUAAUGGUCAGAUUUCCCAAUGUAAGUUUCAUCGGUUUUCUCGUGUUUUGUGACUU